GCCAUCUUGGCUGUGCGGCGGGCGUGGUUUGCCGUAAAGCCGUGAGCACCGACCCCCGUCACACCGGCGGUGCGUGGCUCGGAGCUGCGGGGCGCGAUGCGGGCGGGCGCCGAGGCUCCGCACCAGGUGCUGGGCCGGCUGCGGUUCCUGCUGCAGUGCAGCGAAUGCUUCCGCCGCUCCCGGCCGCUGCCCGCCGCGCUGUGCUACGUGCCCCGCGAGGUGCAGUACAAGAUCUGCAAGGACCCGUCGGCCGCCGCCUCGUCCCGCAGCCUGUUCAGCGUGUGGGACAGCCCCGGGCCGGCGCGGGGCUCCAAGCGGGCGGCGCGGGCCACCAUCGAGGUGCGGAAGGGCGGCUGCCUCCGCGCUACGGGCGAGGAGUACUGCAACGGAGCGGGGCUGUGGGUGAAGCUCAGCAAGGAGCAGCUGGAAGAAUACAAGAGUGGCUGUGAUCUGGAGGAAGGCUGGGUCCUGGUGUGCAAGCAUGCAGAAGGAGGGGACAGGCUGGUCCCAGUUGAGUCCACAGAGAGGAUCCAGAGGCAGCAGCAGUUGUUUGGGGUUGAUUACAAACCUGUGAUCAGGUGGGAGCAAGUGGUGGAUCUGACUUACUCCCUGCGCCUGGGAGCAAAGCCCAAGCCUAUGGACCAGGAUGAAGCUGCAGUAGAGAAGCUUCGGUUUGUGCCUCCAACAUGGACUUAUGAAUGUGAUGAAGACCUGGUGCAUUUCUUGUAUGAUCAUAUUGGUAAGGAGGAUGAGAACUUGGGCAGCGUCAAGCAGUAUGUGGACAGUAUCGACGUCUCAUCCUACACGGAAGACUUCAAUGUGUCGUGUCUGACGGACAGCCAUGCUGACACGUACUGGGAGAGUGAUGGGUCCCAGGGCCAGCACUGGGUGCGGCUCAACAUGAAGAAAGGCACCAUUGUCAAGAAGCUUCUGCUGACUGUUGAUACUACUGAUGAGAACUUCAUGCCCAAGCGUGUCGCCGUGUACGGGGGUGAGGGGGACAACCUGAAGAAACUGAACGAUGUUGGCAUUGAUGAGAGUUACAUUGGGGAUGUGUGCGUCCUUGAGGACAUGACAACACACCUGCCUGUCAUCGAGAUCCGGAUUGUGGAGUGCAGAGAUGAUGGGAUUGACGUUCGCCUUCGUGGCAUCAAAAUCAAAUCCUCCCGACAGAGGGACUUGGGGCUCAGUGCUGACAUGUUCCAGCUGGCCAAUUUAGUACGCUACCCCCGCCUGGAAGGGACAGACCCUGACCUGCUGUACCGGAGGGCAGUGCUCAUUCAGAGGUUCAUCAAGCUCCUGGAUAGUGUCUUGCAUCAUUUGGUGCCAGCCUGGGACCACACUGUUGGCACAUUCAGCAAACUCAAGCAUAUCAAGCAGUUCUUGUUGCUGUCCAAGAGGCGCACAGCUCUCAUUACACAGUGUCUGAAGGAUUCAGAGACAAGCAAGCCCAACUUCAUGCCACGGCUCUAUAUUAACCGACGCCUGGCUAUGGAGCACCGAGACAACCCUGCCUUGGAUCCCAGCUGCAAGAAUGCCGUCUUCACUCAGGUGUAUGAAGGCCUGAAGCCCUCCGACAAGUUUGAAAAGCCUCUAGAUUAUAGGUGGCCGCUGCGUUACGACCAGUGGUGGGAGUGCAAAUUCAUCGCAGAGGGCAUCAUUGACCAAGGUGGUGGUUUUCGGGACAGCCUGGCAGACAUGUCGGAGGAGCUGUGUCCCAGCUCAGCAGACACUCCUGUGCCCCUGCCCUUCUUUGUGCGCACAUCUAACCAGGGUAACAGCACUGGAGAAGCCAGGGACAUGUAUGUCCCCAACCCCUCCUGUAAAGACUUCCCAAAGUAUGAGUGGAUUGGGCAGAUCAUGGGAGCAGCUCUGAGGGGCAAGGAGUUUCUGGUCCUGGCUCUUCCUGGCUUUGUAUGGAAACAAUUAACAGGGGAGGAGGUCAGCUGGAGCAAAGACUUUGCUGCGGUGGACUCAGUGCUGGUGAAACUCCUGGAGGUGAUGGAAGUGAUGGACAAAGACACCUUUGAGUUCAAAUUUGGGAACGAGCUGACCUACACAACAGUGCUGAGUGACCAACGCAUGGUGGAGCUGAUUCCCAAUGGCAGCAACACCGUGGUCCGCUAUGAGGACCGUAAGGAGUUCAUCCGUCUGGUACAGAAAGCUCGACUGGAGGAGAGCAAGGAGCAGAUCAUGGCUAUGCAAGCUGGGCUGUUAAAGGUGGUACCCCAAGCUGUUCUUGACCUCCUCACUUGGCAGGAGCUGGAAAAGAAAGUUUGUGGAGACCCUGAAGUCACAGUUGAUGCCCUGAAGAAACUCACUCGGUUUGAGGACUUUGAGCCACUGGACACCCGUGUUCAGUACUUCUGGGAAGCACUCAACAACUUCACCAAUGAGGAUCGCAGCCGCUUCCUCCGGUUCGUUACUGGCAGAAGCCGCCUCCCAGCACGGAUCUACAUCUAUCCAGACAAAGUAGGCUCUGAGACAACAGAUGCAUUGCCAGAGUCCUCCACCUGCUCCAGUACCCUCUUCUUGCCCAACUAUGCCACAGCCAAGGUAUGUGAAGAGAAGUUACGCUAUGCAGCCUAUAACUGUGUGGCCAUUGACACAGACAUGAGUCCAUGGGAGGAGUGAUGUUGCAGCCUCACCGAGCAGCAUGGACAAUCACUUGACAAAACCAUACAGUGGGAAGAGCUCCCUUGUCCUCCCAGAUUAUGUAUAUAUAAUAAACAUCUAGGUGUGAAGCCUGGCUUCCUACAGUGGUAACCAGCACCACUUUGGACACAGAGGUUUGGAACUGACUUGGAAUGUAAAUGUUAUUGCAGUAAUGAAACCCUAUUUCCAGCCUUCAUUCAUCAGAAAGGCCUAGUAGGCCUUUGCAAUGAGUUUCUUCUCCCAGUGUUCCCAUUGCAGCUCCGUAACUUGCUCUUCCCAGACUGUGUUCUGCUCCAAACAGAAGUGGGACAAAGAACUGUGAGCUGCAGCUGAGAGCAUUGUGUGUUAGAGGAGGUCACUGUGUCCUAGCCCAAGUGUCCUGACUGCAUUCCUUUGCCUUGUUCCUGCUUUCACAUGAGGUCAUGGAAGUGAGAUCAUUCAUCUAGGUUUGAGAGGUGCUGCAGGGGUGCCUUUGGCCGCCAGGUGUCACGACAGGCUUGUACAAUAAGAAUGUGGGUGCUGUGGGGUGCUAUUACAUGACAGAAUCCCUGUUCCUGUGACCCCCUGUAGUUCUCCACACCAUUGCACAGCAGCAACUGCUGGGGGAGCUGCUCCCCUGCAGCAUGUGGGAACGAUUUGCUUUCCUCCCUCUCUAUAGUCUCCUGGUUCUGCAUUCUGCCCAGGGCAUGCUGGUAGCCUAGCAGCUGUUCUCCCAGGCUCUUUGAGCCUUGUUUUUCUCCCAAAAGCCUGUGUUACAAUUAAUCUGUUACGGUUCUCAUGGAGAUGUGCAGGCAGGGCCAAGCUCUUCUAGACAGCAGAGGUGGCAGCAGUAUCAGGCAGAGCAGCGCUGGCCUCUUCCUCUCUGAUGUGGGGGGAGAGGUGGAGGUGUUGUGGGGGGGAGGACAACCAUCACCCCAAGGUAGUGGAGAAGCUCUGUGUGUUUCUGAGUUUGGAGCAGGUCAGUAUGUGUGACCAGGCAGAAGGCAAUGAAAGCUUUACAACAUCAAAGCCAUUCUUGGAUUUUUCCAGCCCUGAGCAGGGUUUAGUUAUUGCCUCACACUGUGAGCUACCCACCACAGGCUGCUUUUACACCCCAGCUUCAUCUUCAGUCCCUGAGAGCUGCUGGUCCCUUACUAGUGACUUGUGCUGGAGUGGGGCCAGUGCUGUGAGGUAGGAUUUAUCGUGUCUGAGCACAUCAUGCCUUACUCUCUUCCGUUGGAGUCUGUCAUUCAAUUGCUCCUGGUUGUAAAUGAAGUCAUUCCCUUUACCAGGUUCCUUAGAAACUGCCGUUAUUCCCAGAACUGCUGAGGGGUUGUGCUGAAAGGAAUGCAGGAUCAGCAGAGCACAGGCUGAGGUCUCCUUGCAUUACAGUGAGUGGAAGGAGCAUAGGGUGAGCAGGAAAGUCCCUUUUGGCAGGGCUGGCUUACAGCAGAGCCUUCCACACAUGCUGUGCUGGGUGCUAAGCCCCAUCUGCCGGAGGAGGAGGUUUCUGUAAAUCCUAGAGUUGUCUCAGAACUGAGCUCUGUGACUUUGCAGCUGAUUUCAGCAGUAAAGCAUGCAGAGGAACAGGGCAGUGUGAUACCCUUCUGCUCUGGUGGCUGAGUCACAGCCCGGUGUGUUUGCUUUAAGUCAGUGUGAGUGAGCUGGUGGAAGGGCUCUGACCUGCUGCCUUGGCCGUGGGUGGGAGUGCUGGGGAAGAAAUCUUUAGCAUCACACUAAGGAGCUCAGAGAGCAGCGGGGUGAGACGGGGUCUGAAGUGGGCCAGCCCAGAGCCUUGCAUGAUGCCAAUGGGGUAGAAUUGAUCCUGCUUCUCUGACUGUGCCUGCUUACCAGUGAGGGAGGUCAGCAGGAGGGUGGGUCGCUGACAUGCAGAACUUGAAGAAGGAAAGAUGAACUCCUUUCUGGUGCUUUAUUGCAGGGCAUGGACGUUUUGGAGGAGGUGACAGAGAGAGCAAAGUGAUGUCCGUGGGGAAGGACAGGCCCUGUGCUAUGGCGCUGUGCCCUCCUACUGCUGUAUGUGGCCAAGGCAGGGGCACUUUGAGUAGCACAGAGAGCUAUGAGCAGGAGUGUUCCCCCUCCAUUGCUGAGGCUGGAAUGGGUUUAGGUCAGUGUUUGGGCCAAGGGCAUCUUGAGCCAUUGCUGGGAUGCGGCCUGGUGUGCUGCUGGCUGUAUGGGUGUGCUGGGAGGAAAGACGUGGGGAGGGAUCAGUGCUGUGACAGCUCUGGGGAACCACUUUCUCUCCCCUGAUUUCAGCUUGCUGAAUUGUCAUAGAGUAGCUCCAGGUGAUUAAUAGCACGUGUAGCCUAGCUGUUCUUGUUCUUCCACUAAUAGCCUGCAGUAUGACAAGCUAUAAAUAGUCAGACAGGAGCCGUCUGUCCCUACCUCACCUGGGAUCUAAAAUAAAACGAACUAACAACCCCU